AUGUCGACACAAGCAUCGCGCCAGGCGGCUACCUCGCUCUCGGAUCCACCACAGCAAGGCACACUCGCGUACGCUUAUCGACGAUCCGUUGUUGCGCUCCAGAGCGUAUUUGGCGGCAACACCGACUCCCAAUAUGCCGAACGUGAACCGUUGCUGAGCAACCAGGACAACUGGAACGAUAACAACGGUGGCUCCAACGCCAACGGCGGCGGCUAUGGUGCUGUCGCCUCAUCGUCACGCACGCCCUCCUCUCGCAUCCGCAAACCCAAAAAGGUGGUCUCGCAGAGCAAAGUGGAAGCCAAGGUGUGGUUUGCCAACGAACGCACCUGGAUCUCGUGGUUGCGUGUCUCGAUCUUGAUCGGCUCGUUUUCUCUGGCCCUCUUCAACUCGGACACGUUCUUCAAGGAUCACAACGAUCAAGGUCCUGGUCACCACAACAACUACCUCUCUUCCGGCUCUAUCAAAGCAUUUGGUGCCGUCUAUGCUGGUAUUGCCGUGCUGACGCUGCUGUGGGGGCUGUACAGCUACCAGCGACGUGUUACGUUGAUCAAGACAAAAUACCCGGGCAACUUUGACGAUCUCGUCGGUCCACCUCUGAUCUGCGCUGCUCUCUUCGUCGCUGUCCUGCUCAACUUUAUUAUCCGAGUCAAGCAGCACAACUACGAGUCACACCCUUAG